CAACUCAACACCAAAAUCUCUCUGAUUUCCCUUGUUCUCUUCGAAUUUGAAAUGGCUCGCACCAAGCAGACUGCUAGAAAAUCAACGGGAGGUAAGGCGCCGCGGAAGCAGCUGGCCACAAAGGCUGCUCGGAAGUCGGCACCGGCCACCGGAGGUGUGAAGAAGCCACACCGCUUCAGACCUGGAACCGUGGCUCUGAGGGAGAUCAGGAAGUACCAGAAGAGCACUGAGCUUUUGAUCCGAAAGCUUCCGUUCCAGAGGCUGGUGAGAGAGAUUGCUCAGGAUUUCAAGACUGAUUUGAGGUUCCAAAGCAGUGCGGUUGCGGCGCUCCAGGAGGCAGCUGAGGCGUACCUUGUGGGGCUCUUUGAGGACACUAAUCUCUGUGCUAUUCAUGCCAAGAGAGUCACCAUCAUGCCUAAGGAUAUCCAGCUUGCUAGAAGGAUUAGGGGAGAGAGGGCUUGAGUUCCCAAUUGUGUAUUAGAUAUAGGGCGUCCUGUUUGUAUUUGUCCUGUGGCAGGCUGUAGGAUCAGGAUCAUGAAAAGGGGAGACAAGAGGGUUCAAUAUCAAGAGGUUCUCUCCCUUUAAUAGUCUUAAUCUUAUAGUUUGUUAUGGAACAGAUUAUAAGAUACUUUUUU